AUGUCAACAAAAUCUCGCCCACCUACUCCAGAUACCCCCCAGUUCAGAUACUUGCCCAAGGACCAAUGGCCCGCCCCAAUCGUCCACUUUCCAAACCUUGGCGAUUUCGUCGUCCUUACUGUCGACCCGGUGGCCUCAGUGGCACACUUGGAUGAGGCAGCAAAACACGCCGCUCGUGCAUUGCCGCGACAGCGUUUCGUUGCUUUGGUGAUGGAAGUUUAUGGCCUGCCCCUGAAUACAAAGCCGUUCACGCAUUGCUCCUUCGCGCUGGUUCGCCAGGGACUACCUACCCGACAUAAUCCUCCAUGGGACUCGCCCGAGAUGUGCUAUCCCAUUCUACCCAAUGCACGGCAUCCGACGCGCGACGAAACUGUGCAGCCCAUCCACCCACUUCCUCUAGAUGACUGCUACAUCGAUAUGACUUCCGCAUUCUUGGACGCAAUACGUUGCCGUGUCACCACAUCACCUCGCGACUACACGCCAGUCUUGCGUGUUACGAUGUCUCAACUCACCCGCUUAGAAGCACUAUUCAGUGACGAGGUGGCCAAUCUCGAGGACAUCGAGGAGAGACUGGCGAUGGGAGACCUGGAUGCAAUCGCGUCCGUCCCGCUGCCGACGACACCUUUGUCGGCUUUUCAAAUUCCUUUACCUCCCUCGCCUUCCCUCACUCCGCUGGAAGACAAGGGCCCAUCCGAAUUCGGGAUGAAGACCGACUUUCACGCGUCGAGAUCGGAGGGCUCUGAGUAUGGAGCUGAACGGACCGCCGCGGAUGCUACCGAUGAGGUGUCUAUGAUUGGUAGCGAUGAUAGCGACUCAUCCGUCGAGGGCUCGGAAGAGCUCGGGAGCGAAGCGGCUGAUGACCAGUUAUUCGAGAUGUUGCGGUUCGAGAACAUCCUAAAUGAUGUCGGCGACUUGCGCGACCCCGCUGUUCAUGUUUCGUACGAUCUAAGCGAGGUUGGUGAGGUUGUCGACCCCAUAUCCUUCAUCAAGAUUCGAGACGAACUGCGCCGUAUAAUCGACGAGGCCGAGAUCCGGCUGGGGAUCAGGGUCGAGUCCGCUCCCUCAGCACGUAGCCCACCACCGAAGCUUUCGCCGGUUCCGAGUACGAAACUCGAUCGAUCGGCGAAUGCAGUUCAGACUACCGACACCGUUCGCAAUGAGUCAAACGAACGUGUACCUCGUAUGAUGCUUCUUCGGAAAGCGUUAACUAGUUGCAGGCGUGCUUCACUGUCAUUAUGGGACCACUUGCGUGGGUUGGCGACGUUUCCCUGCCAUAGUGCUUCGGCGACAUCCGAUGCUAUGUAA